UCCCGCCACCACCACCGGCGCCUUCACAUCUCCGAUCCUCCGCCACGUCACGACGGUGCUUUCGUCAUCUCCGCCGCGUCGAGGGAGUCCAUCCAUAUCGACCUAGAUGGACCAGUAUGAAAAAGUUGAAAAGAUUGGGGAAGGAACAUAUGGUGUAGUGUACAAGGCUCGUGAUCGUGCAACUAAUGAAACCGUUGCCCUGAAAAAAAUACGCCUGGAGCAAGAAGAUGAGGGAGUGCCAAGCACAGCUAUUAGAGAAAUUUCUCUUUUGAAAGAGAUGCAGCACGGGAACAUCGUGAGGUUGCUGGAUGUGGUUCACAGCGAGAAGCGGUUAUAUCUAGUCUUUGAAUAUCUUGACUUGGAUUUGAAGAAGCACAUGGAUUCAAGUCCUGAAUUCUCUAAGGAUCCCCGUGUUGUAAAAACCUUUUUGCAUCAAAUGCUCCGUGGUAUUGCUCAUUGUCAUUCUCAUAGAGUUCUUCACCGAGAUCUGAAGCCUCAGAACUUGCUGAUAGAUCCACGCACCAAUGUGUUAAAGCUUGCAGAUUUUGGAUUGGGUAGAGCAUUUGGUAUUCCUGUUAGAACUUUCACUCAUGAGGUGGUGACGUUAUGGUACAGGGCACCCGAAAUACUGCUUGGAUCAAGGAACUACUCUACUCCAGUUGAUGUGUGGUCAGCUGGUUGCAUAUUUGCCGAGAUGGUUAACCAGCGGCCUCUGUUUCCUGGUGACUCGGAGAUUGAUGAACUUUUCAAGAUUUUCAGAGUGGUGGGUACUCCAAAUGAGAAUAUAUGGCCUGGAGUGACUUCUUUGCCUGAUUAUAAAUCUGCCUUUCCAAAAUGGCCUCCUAAGGAUCUGGCAACUGUAGUCCCGAAUCUUGAUACAGCAGGACUUGAUCUCCUUGGUAAAAUGCUCUACUUGGAUCCCAGCAAGAGAAUCACUGCCAGGAGUGCCCUAGAACAUGAGUACUUCAAGGAUAUUGGCCGUUUUCCAUGACUAUUUGCAUCUUCAUCCACAACGUGAAUGUAAAUUUGGUGCAGUAGCAAUCAUACUUAAGCGAGGACGCACUGCAUUACUGUUCAGGACCGGAGUGAUGUGCGUUUAUAUUUCUUGCGUAGUUUUCAUACUGGAAUUGAAGAACAAGAUGAUUAUCCACGUCAGUUAUACUUGAGUACUAUUCCUGGAGGAUGCAGGCUACUGUUCAGGUUUACCAAGUUAUGUAUUGAUACUUGUAUGAAAAUUCCUCUUGGUCUGACUAUAGAGAUCACUGGCUUCACAAAAUUUAGGAAUCUUCAUGAACUUCUGCACAGAAAAUAUGACGAUUUCAUUCUGAUGAGAAAGUACUUUUUGUGAGACUAUCUGCUAGCGCAGAGGAUUGUUCAUUUUGCUUGGAUGGAUCUGCUUAAAGUCAUCUCAGUUGAGAUAACCUUACAUAUUUAUCAAGUAAAUAUUAUUGAGUUGGCACAGAGAAAAAAAGCAACUAAAGUCCGUCUUGAAACAA